CCUGGCUAUGCACUGCUGUUAGGGAGAAGAAGGCUGCAAUUACCGUUAGUGCUUCCGUGAAACCCAAGAAUGGUGCUGCGCCUACAGCUUGCCUAUGGACUGGUGCCUACUUAAAGUGAUGGCAUGCUCACUAUCCCCUCCACCAUCGCCUCUCUUACUUCGUCUCCCUAACCUUCCUCCAGUCACUCGCGUCCUACCGCGAUGUCAUCCUUUACGAAGCGAACUAUUUGAGAAGAGCUAAUCACUUCUACUGCCAGCCAAAACGCCGCUCUGAUGCGAAAUCGGUACUCAUUGCGUCGAUCUAACCUAUCUUUAGAUGCCGACUCGUGCUGUGAAAGGCAGUCGGACACAAACUCGUCCUCUGAUACGUGCUCGGAACCUGAUACAGAGGCGGAUACGGAUAUCGAUAUCGAGCCGAGUACCGGCAAAGAUGAUGAUUUCACCAUGCAGCAGGAGCCAGAGACGGAUCUGGAUUCUGAAGCUGAAGAGAUACUGAAGGACAUUGCUCAAUUGAGGGCGGAGGGGCCGGCAAAACCAAACCAUACCCCUCAUACGGUGAAACUAUGGAAGAGGGAAGGCGACCUCUGGGAGAGAUACUGUUUUAAGAUUAUGAAAAAGACCAAGAGGUCCCCAGAAGAACAACUACGGGCAUGCGACCCAGAGACAUUCAAAGCGUACCUCCGCUGGCGGAAGAAGCAUUCCCGGGUCAAGAAGGAGAGCUCAAUGCGGAGCUAUUGGAAAAGAAUCAGCAUGUGCUAUAUGGAUCUCACACGCCACACGAUGGACGCUAAUGUCCUCACCGAUGUUUGUAAUUGGAUUCCAACCCUAAUGCUUGACAAGUCCGAGAAGGAAAAGCAUGCCAUGUACGUCCAGGAUCUCUACGCUAUCCUUCACGCACUCUGGGUCGACGACACCAAACCCCUCCAUGGCUAUAUCCGAGUUCAAAUUUCGCUUCUUCUCCUUCUAAGCGCCGCUACAGCCACGAGACCAGGAGCCAUUGUCGAAAGCGCAAGCGUUAAGGGCAGCAACAAGUCACUCUCGUUCAGGAAUAUCGAACUUCUGAAGGUUCGCAGCACUGUAGAUCCCAGCCGGAGUACCAUUGUGGCGAAUGUCAAUCUCGAGAACGUAAAAAAUAAGGAAAAAGAUGGAAAGCCAAAGAAGUUCACUUUCCGUCUAGAAGGGACCCUCGCCUUCUGCAUAGUUUCGUAUAUCUUGAGCAUUGGCGUCGGUCAAGGAGCAUUGAGGGACGACUUCACUAGUGUUCAGGACGUAUUCGACCUCAACAUACCUGUGGGCCGUGAUGUACUCCGCAUCAAGUGGAAAAAGGAAUUGCUCAAUCAACCGUUCCUGUGCGACGUCAGGAAUACAAGUGAGGGUGUUCGCAUACUGAAAGAGAAGGCAUUUCCCUAUGCGAAAUACCGCGACAUCUUUGUACGCUUGGGGCGUGUUGCGGGCUUUGAGAAAUCAUUGGAGCUGUACCAGCUACGACGGGCUUCUGGGAGGAAUAUCAACAGCGCGCUUGACCCAGUAGAACGGAACCAGACUAUGGGCCAUCUUGGGAGUACAUACGAAAAGUAUUACACGCCGACGCACAUUGCCCGCGACUUUCAGUCUAUCUACUUUGGAAGCCCUUCAGAAGACCUUCUCAUCCAAUCUGUUGCACGCAUGGGCUUAUCACGGGAUCGACGUGCACCUACGGAGCUGGAUGACGCGCAACAGGAGGCAUUACGGAACGAUCCUGCACUCGCGGUCCUUCGUAAGGAGCGAGAAACGUACAAAAGACAGCUUCAUGACCAAGGCUUCCAUCCACUCUCGAAGGGUCACGGGACGGAUCUUUACAAGAAAUACGAAAACACAAAGCGAAAAAUUGGUAGUACGUAUCAGAUGUUGUACAGAGAACGAUUAGAAUCGGCCAUCCGCGAGUUCCAUGACUCGAUCGAUACAAUCGAGAUAGCCAGGCAACUCAGUGGGAAGGCCGCAGCCGAAGUCCUGACGCUUCCAGCCUUUGAAUUUGAACUUCGGGAGCGAGCCACCAUCGCCGGCAUGCUCUUCAAGCCAAUUCAGGACGACAGAGUCCGGGUAAGAUUUGUGCGAACCUUGGCUAGAUUAUGUCACAAACAAGAGACGCGGCAGCCGAAGGCAUUCAAGCGCAAAAAGGUGGGUUUGGCCGCAUAUGAAGCCAAUGGCUCGUUUUUCUCGAACAAAAGAAACAAGGGCACCAAUGGUGUUGAGAAGAGCCCGCUGAAUCAGGAUUACGAGAUUGUGAAAGAACAGCAUGACGCAUCUGCGCGCGGACAAACCUUAGAGAUUCGGUCUCGGCAGCAGUUCCCGACCAUGGCUCCUCACCCGAUAUGCCUUUUCUGCAUAGGGAAUGAACAGUUCUCGUACGAGCGGAGGAUGCGCUGUAUUCCACGAAAGGAUGUCUUGAAGAAGCAUGUGGAGACGCAUUUCCGAGCCGCUGAACUUCAAUCAGCGUUUCAAUGCCGCCACCCUAGUUGUUCCGAUAUAUUGGUGGAUAUGAUGCACUUCAAAAGGCAUGCGCUUGACGUACACGGAGUGUCUCACUGAUAUGCACACAUUUACCUCAGCCAGUAAACUUAUAGUGCGUCGAGGAGAAAC